AUGGGGUCAAAGGAGGACCAAGUGGAAGAAAUACGACGGUUACUGCGCUUCAGCUCUGGGGGAGCGGACCCAUUUGCUGUGCUGCAGUUGGAUCCGCAGACGUGUGAAGUCGCGGACGUUAAUCGCAGUUUCCGCCGUAUUGUGCUCAAAGUGCACCCAGAUAAGUGCACAGUUGAGAAGGCCGCUGAUGCAUUUCACAUAGCUGAGAGUGCACACAAGAUGUUAAGUAAUGAAGGUGUUCUUAUUCGCCUGAAGGUCGCGCACCAGAGGAAGAAGGAAAGGGAAGCAGCACUGAAGGAGGAAGAAGUUCGGCGUAAGGCUCGCGAGGAAGUAAGUGGUGGCACAGCUGGACUGGGUUCCUCUGAGGACCCCAACUUGAGUCCGGCGGAGCGGCAGAGGAGGCGCCGACGCGAACAAGUCGUGGAGCAGCAGUUAGAGGCCACCCGGCUCGCCGAGGAGGCGGCGCGGAAGAAGCAGCGUUUGGAGCGCGAGGCGAAAGAAAAAGCGGAGCUGGCUGCAGAGCUUGAACGACAGCGAAAAGAGUGGAAAGAUUUAAACCUUUUCUGA